AUAAAGUCCGGUGUACUUGCAGCUGCAGUGGCAGUGAAGGUGGAGAACCUCCUUCUUCCCAGUACCUGCUCUGGAAACUGCUCAACAGCCAGUUGGGGGCAACCCAGCCCGAUACAGCAUGUGAGAGCCCUCCCGAGCACGUCGGGUUCGCCAAAUGCAACUGCUGUAAGGAAGUAAACAUUUUCUGAAACCGUGAAGCUUUUUUAGAGGAAGAUGGAGAACCCACUUCUUUUAUUCCCCCAACUAAACAUUUCUGCUUCAAAGGAUAAAUCCUAUUACAAAGUCAUGAAAUCAACAGUUAAAGAAGAGCCACAUAAAGCAAGCAAGCCUGGAGCUAAGCAGAAGAGAAACAGGCUGAGCCUUCUCCUGCAGAAAUCUGAAUUCCAUGAAGGUGAUCAUCUUGGUAAACCUGGAAGCUUGACAAAAGCAGCAAGCAGUGUGUCUCCUGAAGAAGCAGUGAAAUGGGGAGAAUCUUUUGACAAACUGCUUUCUGAGAAAGCGGGAUUGGAUGCCUUUACAAAGUUUCUGAAAACUGAGUUCAGUGAGGAGAACAUCGAGUUCUGGAUAGCUUGCGAGGACUACAAGAAAAGCAAAACUGCACAUGAACUUUUGCCAAAAGCUAAGACCAUUUAUGAAACAUUCAUACAGAAAGAUGCUCCAAAAGAGGUGAAUUUGGACUUUCAAACCAAAGAAGUCACAAGUCAGAAUAUUGAACAGCCCAUCAUCACCACCUUUGAUGCAGCACAAAACACAGUCUACAGGUUGAUGGAGCAAGACAGCUACCCACGCUUCCUAAGAUCUGAUCCUUAUUUAAAUUUGGUUAAGGGGAGAAAUCCCAGUCGUCCUACUCUUAGGAGACGAUCACGAUCUUUUACUGUCAGUGAUUUCCAGGGUGUACGACCAGACUUUACCAUUUGGUAACAGGGAAACUCAACCCUCAUAAAUUCUAGCUACUGCAGCAACUCAUAUGUGUUUUAAAAUCCAAAUCUUUAGCAGGUGUGAAUGAGUGGAAAGCAAAGUUACAUGCACUUAUACCAGGUCAGAGUUCUGUAGCUGGUGAUUAAUCUCAUUUAUUAUAGAGAUGUAGGCAACAUAUUGCCAUGACAUAUCAUGUAAAGUUUUCAUACAGUAUUUUUUUUAAACUCAAGCAAGAGCUAUAAUCGUAUUUGGAGGAAAAAAUUGAGUUUCCUGCAUAAAAAUGUUGUAUAAAAUGCCAUUUGAUAAUAUCUACCAUGUAUCUUGGACCUGUAUUAUUUAGGACAGAGUUUCAUCACAGUUAGAAUCUAUAUACCUAGCCUUUGCACAUAUUUAUGUUUCUGCAGUAUUUCCUACACUAAGCAUAGAGCAUUUGUGGUAUUUUCUCAUACUGCAAAACACAUAGGAACAUUAUUAGGUAUAACGUAAAUUACAUGGAUUUUAACUACAGCCACUGCAUAAUUAAAAUUUAGCUAUUGCAUAUUUUAAGAGGAACAUAAGAAUACCUAUUUAAUUUUUUGGGGUACUGCUGUUUUCAUAUUAUAUGUCUCUCUUCUCUGUAUUUAAGUUACGCUGUACAGAUUAGCUUUGCCAUCAAAUACUUGUAUUCUAAUUUUCUGCAACCAAAUGAACAGCAACAAAGGGCCAAGAGUGCUAUUUUAACACAAUAUGUGUCAUUAAAUAUCAGGUCAUGUAUAUGUGUAUAUAUAGAUUUUAAGAAAUUCUACUUUUAUUUGUAAGUAUUAAUCAUAUACCAACUUUGUCACUAAACUUUGUUCUAAAUUUUUUCUGCCUUUUAUUUUGAGAAAGAAUCUGAAAAUUAACAUCUCUUGGACUCCAGUAGAAUAACCUUCAGUUCUACCGGUCAUUAAUAUACUCACUAUGGUUAUAGAGGAGCAAGGAGAGAUCUCCCCUUUUAUUUCUUUAUUAUUGAAGUCACACAUAUCCUUUUCAUAGUCAGUAUAUGCAGUUAUCCUGCCCUUUUCUUUCAGAAUUGAUGCAGUCAUACUUUGAAGCAUGGGGCAAUUCUUAAAAUCUUAAACAUUGGUUCAGUUUAGCAAGUGGCUGCAGGAUUUAGCUGUAACUAUGACUUGUAUAUUCAGUCGCUUUGCACGGAAUUUAAGCUUUCUCCCUUUUCUUCCCCUUUCUGUAAGUGGUCAAAGCAAAGAGGUGCAGUUUGUAAGUAUGGGACUUUAUAUUCUUUACUAAUUCAGGGUAUAUAUGAACUGCUUGAUCUGAGGGUUUCUGUGUCUGCUUUAUUAACUUUCAAUAAAUCUGAAAUGAUCUACCUAAAAAGUUGUCAGGAUUCAGUUUAUCACUAGCACAUUGAUGAGUAAAAUGUGAAGACUUCGCUUCACUUAUAAUUCAAUACUAGCUGUAAUCAUUACCAUUUCAAUCAAAAGUGUUACUGUGCACAGAGACCCAAACUCACCAGGAAACGGUGCUGAGCUGCAGUGACCUGGGCACCAUC